AUGAAAGGAAAGAACAUCAGCCACAUCAGUGAAUUCAUUCUCCUAGGCUUCCCCACAUCACCACGGCUCCAGUAUCUGCUUUUUCUUCUCUUCCUUUUUGUUUAUCUCUUUGUUUUCUUAGAGAACUUCAUUAUCAUCUUCACUGUCUGGGUCAAUAUCUCCCUUCAUAAGCCUAUGUACUAUUUCUUGGGCAAUAUGUCAUUCCUGGAAGUUUGGUAUGUCUCUGACAUCAUUCCCAAGAUGCUGAGUGGUUUUCUCUUUCAGCAAAAAAGCAUUUCAUUUGUUGGAUGCAUGAUCCAGUUGUACUUCUUCCUUUCUCUUCUCUGCACUGAGUGUGUCCUUCUGGCCUCCAUGGCUUAUGACCGCUAUGUAGCCAUCUGUUUCCCACUCAGGUAUGGAGUAAUCAUGACUACAAGGCUAUGUGUAAAGCUGGUGGUCUUUUCCUAUGCAACUGCCUUCACCAUCUCUGUGAUCAAGGUCUACUUUAUCUCUCAUGCCACAUUCUGUGGGUCUAGUGUCAUUAACCACUUUUUCUGUGAUAUCUCCCCUAUCCUUAAACUAGCUUGCACAGACUUCUCAACAGCUGAACUUGUAGACUUCAUCCUGGGGUUCAUCAUACUGGUGUUCCCACUCAUUUCUACCAUGCUGUCAUAUGGCUACAUCUCUUUAACUGUCAUUCGGAUCCCAUCAUCCACUGGCCGCUGGAAAGCCUUCUCUACAUGUGCUUCUCAUCUCAUCGUUGUUAUCAUUUUCUAUACAGCUUUGAUCUUCAUAUAUGUUCGUCCCCAGGCCAUUGACCAAAAGAGUUCCAACAAAUUGAUUUCAGCUCUAUACACUAUUGUAACUCCAAUUGUGAAUCCUCUGAUCUAUUGCCUGAGAAAUAAGGAAUUCAAGAAUUCCCUGAAAAAGACUCUGCGAUUAGUUCAUACUCUUGAAAAAUGA